CCUCACCCAUGAUGUCGAGCCCUCGCAAGAACAUGAACAAUUGAUCGUCUUCUAUUACUACAUCUUUCGUGAAGCAUGACUUUCUCGGUCACUCUCUAUACGUGCUCAAGCUGAACUUGGCUCGUUGUCGGACGCGCCGCAGUCUCAAUAUACGAGCGAUGGAUAACCCCCUGUUUGCGCAGCCUUGCCGGCUGUUGAGUCUGCCCGAUGAACUAAAACUCCACAUCGUGAACUAUCUUGAUACGCGCAGAGAUCUCUAUAACGUAUCCCGAACAUGUCACCUCCUCGAGGACGUUACCAUGGCUCGACUCUACCAUUCAGUAGACCUGGACCUACCCCUUCGCAGGGUAUCAAAAGAGUCUGGCACAUCAAUCCUCCGGGCCCCGGUCACACAAUCGAUCCGAGAACUUACCGUAAGGAGUGGUUCAACAAAUAGAAGACGUUCGGUGUAUAGCCGCAGGAGGAAGUCUGAUGCAGCCUCGAGUGAAGUCCAUGUGAACGGAAUACUGGACAAGAUCCCCAUGAAGAGGUUGAAGAGCUUUGUUAUUUUGCACCAGACCCCAUUAAGCCAGCAGACGCUCGAUCUCCUUGUGCAUCGAAACGAGCACACGCUCCAGCAUCUUGGUUUCUACGAGGCAGCCCCUUGGCACGAGAGUACACUGCUGCCCUUGAACCUGACCAGUCUCGAGUGCAGAGCGGUCAACGCAGGGGACGGGGUCGAAAACAUCAUCUCCGCAAACCGGAACACUCUGCAGAAAAUAUACUUGGGACAGGAGAAACACCUGGUGGACCAAUACCGCCAGACAAGAGGAGGCUUUUUGGAACAGAUCCCUCAACCACCAGAGACGUUCUUCACAUCCGCCUACGCACUGGACAAAUACUCACACCUCCGCGAACUGUCACUCUCAGGCCUAGACGUCACUCCUCUCCAGCCUACCACCACAUCUCAGGCCACGCUUCUGUGCAAACUCGAACGCCUGACUCUCGAGUCCUGUCCGGGCACCACCGAGCUUCUCGAAUCCAUAGCAGCCACAUUUCACUGGACAUCCUACUCGCCUGAAGUGCCCCAGAACCCACCCAUCAUCCCCUCCCUCAAGCAUUUUCUCCUACGACACGAAAACCCCAACACUGCCCUCAAAGACGCCGUCAUCCGCUUCCUCCACUCUUUCACAGGCCUGCGCACCCUGUCGCUCCUGUUCGAAAACGCCGCCGUCCUCGAACGCCCAUCGACUCUGAUCGCCGAGCACGGACCGACUCUACACACGUUGGUCCUAGAAUCCCGCAUCCAGCCCCGCGAGCACCUGAGCCUCGACACAUCGCGCCCCUUCGGCGUGGGAGGAUACAGUUCGGACCUCUGGGAAGAGUCGAUCAACGACAUCGCCCGGCUCUGCCCCAACCUCGUAGAACUCGGCAUGGGCUUUGCCUGGAACGACGAGCUCGUGCGUCUGCACAAGACCGCCCUGCCUACCCUCCAAUACCUAAAGACCAUUCAUAUCCGCAAUUUCCCAGAGAACCAAGUCUUCAGCCAACUCGGCGAUUACAGCAUCAAAGAGUACGCCACUAAGUUCAUCGAAUGGGCUUUUCCCGCACUGGUCGGCGGAGGACGGCCGACUCUCGAGCAGUUGGCGAUCGGCCCAACGCUGUACGAGUCACGCUGGAAAAUGUCGCCCACGACCACCACCAGCGCCAGACGUCAUGUUCCGGAAUUUCUGCGCACGCAUCAUUUUUGCCUCGACUGGGCCAAGACGCGCUUCGGGCGCUGGAGUCCGCUGAUCACACCUGUCUCCGAGAAGUACAUGGAGGAGUUGGCGGGCGAGAAGCCUCUACGUGGAGUUUUCGAGCAGGUUUGGCUGAGAUAGACCCCUUUUCCUUUUCGCAAUUCUCUUUUUGUAUAUUGAGCCUGUCUACUUGAGCGAUAAACUGCCCUGUACUGCCUUUCAGCUGUGCCAGGUAUGCGCGUGUGUUAUUUUUGAGCGAUAGAAUCCCUUUCGGGUCAUGGAUCAUGGGUCAUAAGGGAAAGGGGUUGCAUGGGCAUUUAGAUCAUAGAAAGCAGGGCUUUGCACUAGAAUCUUUCCAAGCCUGGGUUGUUGUCAACUCAGGUGUGGACUAGAUAUAGGACGAUACCCCGGAUAUUGUUUAAUAGAAUAUGGAUAGACCAACAAUAGCGCAGGAAAUUU